CGGUCACGUGACCCCAGGCUCCCCCCUUCAAAGCUCAUUAACCCCCCGGCGACGCGACCGUCGAAACAUCGAUGCGCGCGCCGCGUGGCGGCGUCAACGGCAACAACAGGCAACAAUUUGCAAAUUCAAAAUUCAAUAUUUUCGAACCGUUUCAAAAUUCUGCGAUUGCUAGGCAAUAUAUCCAAAUCGUCGUAACUGCUGUUAUAUUUUCUAUUAAUCGUGGGCAUGCCUGAAUCGCGGUGACAAAUAUCGACGGACACCGGUAUGCUUAUAUUUUUUAAAACGAUGGAAUUUCAACAAUUCUUUGGUAAUUAGCAGUAAUGCUACAACGAAACAUAGGAAUUCCACUGCACUGAAAAGUCGACGGAAAUCGUAAAAUUCCAUGGACAAAAAAAAAAUCGGAAAACGCUCGAAAAAGCAUAGACGUAUCGAUGCCCGAACUUUUGUUCGCGGCUACGGAGGACGUUUUUUUAUAUAAUACAAGCUUUAAAUUCUUACGACGAAAUUCUUACGGCAUUUGAAAUUACGUAAUUGCGGAUAUUGCCGGCGUUUAGAUUCGAUACACGUUACGCAACGUUUGUUUGGCUUGAACUAGGUAUCUUAAGUUUGAACUUAACCUCUUUGCGGAUCAAACAUCACCUCGCGCGAGGUUAGAGAGGAUACGUCAGGUUACGUUGGAUAGUUGAUCGAGUUUUUACAAACCUGCAAAUAACAGCAUCAAAAUGCCGAAGAUGCCAUGGCACCCCGCUUCCGGAACUGGAAUAGUAACUGCUGAGAAUGCAAAAAAAGUUAUCAGACUCGCACGAUACGGCUGUACAAACAGACCUUUCUUCCACAUCGUUGUUAUGGAGUCCUUCAAAGAGGUCCGUGCGCCGCCGAUCGAGCAAGUGGGAACUUUCGACGAGGUUGUAAAUGAAAGGAAUGAAAAAUUGGUCUCCCUCAACUUUGAAAGGAUACAAUACUGGAUUGCUAACGGCGCCCAAAUGUCAAAACCUGUGGCAGAAUUACUUGGCCUUAGCGGAUUCUUCCCGAUUCACCCGAGAUCCUAUAUGUUGGCUUGGAGAAACAGGCAAGCUGCAGAUGCCGAGGCCGCAGCUGCUGCUGCUGCAGCUGCUACUGCUGAAUCUGCGAAGCAAGAAACAGAAGCAAAAGAUUGUUAAUAGAUUAAUUUUAACAUUACAUUAUAGGUACUUUAUAUUCUGUAGAUGAUAAAAAUUGUGCUAAUAAACAUGUACAUGAAUGAAA